AUCAUCAUCAUUUACCCAAAAGCCAUAUAUGGGUAGAUGAGAAUAAAGAGAUAAAACCAAACACCAACAACUCCACUUGAUAUCAAAGAAGAAGCAUCAAGAUAGAACCCUAAUAAUAAUAAUAAUAAUAAUAAUAAUUACAAUGGGAAGAGCUCCUUGUUGUGAUAAAGCCAAUGUCAAAAGAGGACCAUGGUCACCUGAAGAAGAUGCCAAACUUAAGUCUUAUAUCGAAGAACAUGGCACCGGAGGAAACUGGAUCGCCUUACCUCAUAAAAUCGGCCUUAAAAGAUGUGGAAAGAGUUGCCGUCUUCGAUGGUUAAACUAUCUUCGCCCAAACAUCAAGCAUGGUUCUUUCUCUGAAGAAGAAGACCAUAUCAUUUGCACCCUCUAUCUCAGUAUCGGUAGCCGGUGGUCUAUAAUAGCUGCACAAUUACCGGGAAGAACUGAUAACGAUAUCAAGAACUAUUGGAACACAAGGCUAAAGAAAAAACUCAUGGGAAAACAGCGUAAAGAUCAACAAUCGUCGAAGAGAGGUGGUGGCCAAAUGAAGCAAGCAGAAAUGAAAAGGGAAGUUCUUGAAGAUUUAAAGGAACCAUCUUUAUGUAUGAGCAUGAACUUUUAUCAAUCUUAUUGGCCUACAGAAUUCCCAUUAAUACUCCCAAACCCUAAUCAUCAAGAACUUAUUCAUAUCAAAAACAACCAAGAUCCCACUUUUAUCAAUCAAUACCCUUUUGAGAACCAACCCCAACUGUUUGAUCCAAACGUCGACAACAACAAACCUAUAUCGACUACUCCAUACCAUCCACAGUUGCCAAACACACCCUACUUUGAAAACGGGGACGGUAUUAAUCACUUUCAAGACUUCAACAAUAAUAAUUACUCAUUUGGAAUUAAUGAAUUUGUCUAUAACAACACCACACAGUUGGAGCACUUUGAUGGGUUAGUAGGGGGUUUGGAUAACCUUAUCAAUAGAAGCAAUUGUAUUAGUUCUUCCACGGAAAGUACAACGACUAGUUGGGGUCAUGAUCCACUAAUUGCUUGCCCUCCUCCUCCUCCUACGAUGACUUAUGAAGACUGUCGACGUGGGCUGCUACAAAGUUGUCCUCCCGAACAGCCUAAUCAGCUUCAAUAAGAUUUUAAGGAGAUCGAGUACAAAUUAACAUUCGGUGAGUGUGAAUUUGGUACCAAUUUGAGAACAAAUCCUAGCCUGUUGGCGUUUUCAUUGGGGGGUAUUUAUUCAAUUUGUUUUUCUUUAAUUAUUCACUAUCACUUUCAUUCUGAUUUACCGAGAUUUGUUAGCAUAUCUACUACGUACUUUCAUGCAAACGUUGCUUUCUUGUAUGCUAAUUUCCAUUAUAUCCAUUCACAUAUGUAUUUUAUAUACUCA